CCAAGAUGGCGUCUGUCACAGAGGAGGUGUGUGGACCAGCCUAUGAUGAGGAACCGACGGAAACGUCAUCACAGAAGAGAGAGGAAAGGCUGAGGAAGUUCAGAGAGCUUCACUUAAAAAGGAAUGAGGCGCGUAAACUGAACCAUCAGGAAGUGGUGGAGGAGGACAAGCGGCUAAAGCUGCCCUCAAACUGGGAGGCAAAGAAAGCUCGACUCGAGUAUGAGCUCAUGGUGGAUGAAAAGAAGAAGGAGUGUGCGGCUCGAGGGGAGGAUUACCACCGUGUGAAACUGUUGGAGAUCAGCGCCGAGGAUGCUGAGAGAUGGGAGAGGAAGAAGAAGAAGAAAAACCCUGAUCCUGGCUUCGCAGGGUACGCCGAGGCCCAGCUGAGGCAAUAUCAGCGGCUCACUCGACAGAUAAAGCCUGAUAUGGAAAGCUACGAAAGACAAAGAGAGGAGUGCGGUGAAGACUUCCAUCCGACCUCCAACUCUCUGAUCCACGGAAUGCACGUUCCCUCUAGAGAAGCCAUCGACCGCAUGCAGGAGGACGUCGACAAACAAAUCGAGAAGCGCGCCAAAUUCAGCCGGCGCAGAGCCUACAACGACGACGCCGACAUCGACUACAUCAACGAGAGAAACGCCAAGUUCAACAAGAAAGCCGAGCGCUUCUACGGAAAAUACACCGCCGAGAUCAAACAGAACCUGGAGAGAGGAACCGCGGUGUAGCCGUCAUUGUGUCGCUAUCGAGACGGCGAUCUGUGUUUAGAUCAUCUUUAAUGCUUUAACAUGCGUGUUCUCUAUUAUUGCCCUGUUUAUACUCCGACACACAGACCCUGCUCUGACCAGCCCGAACAAUCCCCUUAGUGGGAAGUAAUACCGUUCAUGAUGCUCCUGGUCUGUUGCGAGAAAGUCGAGUCUUUCAUGCUGUGUAUUUGUUUUUUUGUUUUUGUUUUUUUGUCCUCUUGAAUAAAAAUCUUCAGUUUUA